AAGUGAGAGAAAAUAAUAAAAAAAAGAGAAUAAUAAGACAGGUUCUAUGGAAAGAUACAUUGCAUAUAGCAGAACUUGUCAGUUAAUGUAUCUGCAACAAAAACAUAAAAAAAAAAAAAAUUCUAAGACAUGACAUCUUCCUAGUUUUUUCCAACCAAAUAUAUACAUCCUCUUAUGUUCUGUUUCAGUUCAACACAAAAAACAAGUUUCUCCUUUUUUUUUUUCUCUUCUUUCAAUCUCUCUUUUUUUUUGCCCUACUUGUUGGGGUUUAUGAAUUUUUUCUUCUAAACAAAUUUCUUAGAUGCAUUCAAGCUUUCAAAGGGUAUACUUGGUUUGCGUUUUGCUAGCGUUUUGUUGCGUUUUGGUGUUGGUGGAUUCAUUGAAAGAUUCUUUGUUUGGGAUUAUUCAACCAUGCCUGCUCUUGUUAAUUACGGUGGUGAUGAUGAUUUCUAUUCUGGGGGUUCUUUUUAUACAAAUUCCACAGAUUUGGGUAGGUUGUGUUCAAUCAGUUCCCAAGUGGAUGUCUACUAUCCUCCUCGUAAAAGAGCUCGAAUUACUGCCCCGUUUGUUGUUGGAGAAACUUUGUUUGAGCAGAGCAAGCAAGCUUCAAUCGAUGUCCUUCCUGACGAGUGCCUUUUCGAGAUCUUCAAACGACUUCCAGGCGGCAGGGAAAGGAGUUCUUGUGCUUGUGUAUCAAAGCACUGGCUUAUGCUUUUGAUCAGUAUUCGCAAGGGUGAGUACGAAUCCUCGAAGGCGGUCAAGGAGAAUACUGAUUCAGUUUCUGAUGAAGAUGAUGGGUAUCUUACGAGGUGCUUGGAAGGGAAGAAAGCAACUGACAUGAGGCUAGCUGCAGUUGCUGUUGGAACGAGUGGUCAUGGUGGGUUGGGAAAGCUUUCAAUUAGGGGAAGCAGCUCUUCAAGUGGAGUAACCAACUUCGGGCUAUCAGCCAUUGCUCGUGGUUGCCCUUCUCUCAAGGCACUUUCUUUGUGGAACGUGCCUCGUGUUGGGGAUGAAGGUCUCUCUGAGAUAGCUAAAGAAUGCCAUUUGUUGGAGAAGCUUGACCUUUGCCAGUGCCCUUCAUUUUCAAACAAGGGUUUGAUUGCAAUUGCAGAGAACUGCCCUAAUUUGACCUCUUUGAGCAUCGAGUCUUGCCCCAAGAUCGGGAACGAAGGCCUUCAAGCUAUCGGAAAGCUUUGCCCUAAGUUGCAGUCUGUCUCCAUCAAGGACUGCCUUCUUGUUGGGGAUCACGGAGUUUCAAGCCUGUUGUCGUCAACAUCUUCUGUCCUUUCAAAGGUUAAAUUUCAGGGUUUGAAUAUCACAGACUUUUCUCUUGCUGUGAUCGGUCACUAUGGCAAGUCGGUGACAAAUCUAAUGCUUAGCGGCCUAGAAAACGUGAGCGAGAAGGGAUUUUGGGUCAUGGGGAAUGCUCAAGGCUUACAAAAGUUGGUCUCUUUGACGAUCAUAUCCUGCCGGGGGGUAACAGAUGUGAGUCUUGAAGCCAUGGGAAAGGGAUGUGCAAACCUGAGGCAGAUGUGCCUUCGCCGGUGUUGCUUUAUUUCGGAUGACGGAUUGGUGGCUUUUGCCAAAUCUGCAGGUUCUCUUGAGUCCUUACAGUUGGAGGAGUGCAACAGGAUCACCCAAUCCGGGACUAUUGGUGUCCUCUCAAACUGUUCGUUAAAAUCCCUUACCGUAGUAAAGUGCAUGGGAAUUAAGGAUAUAUCCUCGGAAGUUCCUUUGUCGUGCUGCAAUUCCCUUAAAUCAUUGUCAGUAAGGAACUGUCCUGGGUUCGGGACUGCUGGCCUCGCUGUGGUGGGCAGAUUGUGCCCUCAGCUUCAGCAUGUAGAUCUGAGUGGGUUGUGUGGGAUCACGGACGCAGGUCUUCUGCCUCUUCUGGAGAGUUGUGAGGCUGGACUCGUGAAGGUGAAUUUGAGCGGAUGCUUAAAUAUAACCGACAAAGUAGUUUUGGCCUUAACCAGGCUGCACGGUGGAACCCUUGAGUUGCUCAAUCUUGAUGGUUGCAGGAGGAUUACGGAUGCAAGUUUGAUGGCAAUAGCAGAAAGUUGUGUUUUCCUCAGUGAUCUGGAUGUCUCAAGGUCAGCAGUUACCGAUUCUGGUGUUGCUGCCUUGUCUCGUGCCGAGCAACUCAACUUACAAGUCCUUUCUUUUUCGGGUUGUUCCCGAGUAUCAAACAAAAGCUUGUCUUCCUUGAAAAAACUAGGCAAGACAUUGUUGGGGUUAAAUCUCCAGCACUGCAAUUCAAUCAGCAUUCGAACCGUUGAGCUGCUCGUUGAGACCCUAUGGAACUGUGACAUCCUUUUCUAAUCAUGGAUACAACUCCGUUGAGAUCUGAACAUUAAACUCAUAUAGUCGGCUCACAAGACCGGGUAGUAGCAAACAUUCGCUGCAGUUUUUUUUUUUUUUGGUCCGACAAGGUGGUCCUGCCGGUUGCUCUACACUUGAUGUUUCCCAGGAACUUUGGCACAGUUUUAAGAGAUGGCCUAUAAAACCAUCCCUUUAUUUUUUUUACAGGCUCUCCCGACACAUGAGCUAGCCUGUUUCUCGAUAGCCAUGGUUCCCGGUUUUAGGUUUCCACUCAUGAUCACCACCACCACCACCACCACCAUAGCUUUUUCCGUCCUGCUGCUACCCGGUGUUUUAGCUUUUGUUUUCAGUCAUAAAAGUCUGUUGGUUUUAGAUCAAAUCUCAUCUUGCUUUUUUUUCAAAGGGUAGGUCUUGUCUGUAUUUCCUUUUGUCUCUGUGUUAUGUAAUGGUGGCUUUGAACAGUUCUAUGUUUGGUGUGGUCACACUCACAGAUUGAUGAUCUUUGGUUAUGGCGGAUGAGUGACUCAUCCACCAUUACUACAACCUUAGUUUUGGUUGUGUUUUUUUUUUUUUUUUGUAAGUUUUUUCCAAGUCAUCAUAUCUUGUAGGCUUCUCCUUGUAUAUGAACUGUACAAUUGCAACUACUCUAUUUUUGUAAAUGAAGCUUGAAAUUUUACCCUUUUUUCUUUUCAA